GACGGUCCAUGCAAAAUUUUGCCUAACCACUCCAACUUUUAAAUAGACUAACAGCUCAAACUCAAGAAUUCUUUCUCAGAUCAUCAUUUUUUCCUCUUAGAAGUAUGGAAUCUUUCUGCUCGAAUUUUGAUCUCAACCCAUCAACUACUUCUCUAAUUUCUAAAUCGUUUCAAAGACCCACUUCAAAGUUAUUCUUUCCUAGUCGGUUUCCUAGCUCAAUUUGUGAUAAAAACAAAAAAUUUGGACUUAAAUUACCUGCAACAAGGAAGUCCAAUACACAUCAUAACAAUAAAGCACCUGUUGAAUUAAAAGACAGUUUGUUUAGAUGGGUCAGUGGUGGAGUUUUUGGGUUUGCUGCUGCUGUAUCCUUAUGUUGUUCUGACUCUCCAGCUUUUGCACAGUCUAUUACUAUUGCAUUCCCGGUUUCUCACACGCGGGAGAUAAAUACAGUUCAGAGAACCCUUGUGGAAGCUUGGGGUCUGAUUAGGGAAACCUUUGUUGAUCCUACUUUCAAUCAUCAAGACUGGGAUUUGAAACUUCAGCAGACAAUGGUAGAAAUGUUUCCUCUUAAGUCAGAAGAUGCAGCUUAUGGCAAGAUUAAGGGAAUGCUUUCUUCUCUUGGAGAUCCCUUUACUCGCAUUAUCAGUCCUAAGGAAUACCAGAGCUUUAGAAUAGGAACUGAUGGAAAUUUGCAAGGUGUUGGUCUCUUCAUUACUGUCGAACCAAAAACAGGGCACCUGGUUGUUUCAUCAUGUGUGGAGCAUGGUCCAGCCGCACGUGCUGGUAUACAUGAAGGAGAUGAGCUGGUUGAAAUUAAUGGGGAAGGCAUUGAGGGAAUCGGAAGCGAAGCAGCAGCACAGAAGCUCAGAGGCUGUGCUGGCACUACUGUUACUGUAAAAAUUCACCCCGGUACUGAUUCCAAAAAUUCUAAUUUCAGAGAGGUAAAACUACCUCGUGAAGUAAUUCGGUUCUCACCAGUAUCCAGUGCUAUCAUCACUCACAGAACACCUGACGGUCACAUGUCAAAAACUGGAUAUGUGAAAUUGUCAGCUUUCUCUCAGAGUUCUGCAACCGAUAUGCAAAAUACCAUCCGUGAGAUGGAAAAUCAAGGCGUACAGUCGUACAUCUUAGACCUGCGGAAUAAUCCUGGCGGUUUGGUCAAAGCAGGACUUGAUGUUGCCCAAAUUUGGCUUGAUGGGGAUGAGACUCUUGUAAACACCAUUGAUAGAGAUGGUAAUUUGUUCUCAAUCAGCAUGGCCAACGGGCAUGCUGUAACACACGAUCCACUUGUUGUCCUUGUGAACGAGGGAAGUGCAAGUGCCAGUGAGAUUCUGGCAGGAGCUCUUCAUGACAAUGGCCGAGCACUUCUUGUUGGACAUAGAACUUUUGGGAAGGGAAAAAUACAGAGCAUAACGGAGCUGGAUGACGGAUCGGCUUUAUUUAUAACAGUGGCAAAAUACUUGUCCCCAGGACUUCAUGACAUUGAUCAGGUUGGAAUAACACCUGAUGUUCAGUGCUCAGCUGAUAUGCUCAAUUCACCCAAAGAAUCCUCCAAGGACAAGAACUUGAACUCACCCCUGGAAGCUGAUUCUUGCAUCAUAAUUGCUGAGCAUGAGUUGGAUAUUCAAGAAUCCGAAGCCUCUCCUUCUUAAGUGAUCGUUCAACCUCGAAGGACUUCCACUCCAUUAAAUUAAUGGAAGUCAUUAGCAUAGUAUAUAUGGUAGGAUGCAUCGUUUCAUAAAUCAUACUAAUAUGUUCUUCUUGUAUACAUCUUGGCGUAGAUGUUAGAUAUAACCACUUGUGGUGGUAUACUGCUGUAUACCAUAUAGUAUUUCAACACAAAAAAGAAAGGAAAAGGUGUCGAUAUUAAGCUGAACCUCAUAUGUCACUACCAAAUUGAAUUGGUUUGGAAAAAACAAAUAAUUUUCCAACUCA